AUUGAAUAUUGUGCUUUAUUCACUCUGCAGUUCAAAGAUAUAAGUACCAAGUAGUUAAAGGGCUGAACCAUCUGUGUAAAGUGUACCACUUCCAGUCCUCCAGGAAGUAAAGCUACCACAACUUGUGAAAGCUGUCAUCAAUACAGGACACUUCUGAUCCCUAAAGGUUUUCACAGUCCAUGGAGAGACAGGUUGUUGUGGUUAAAAACAUAUAUUUAAAAAAUGAAAUUCUGUUGCUGUAAUAUAUAAUGUAGAUAAUGUAAAUUUUUAAUUUAAUUAACAUAAUAAAUUGAUAAAAUUACAGUUCUGCUGUAUUUGAGCUUAUUAUUUGACUAAACAUGUGAAAUAUAUUUCAGGCAUAGAAUUGGACUGUGAUGUAUACAAAUGAUUUAUAUUGUUUUUGGUGUUGAAUGUACAUUUUUAUUUGGUGUCUUGUGUUAGAACUUUCAGCCAAAACAUAAACAGAGUGACUAUUUUGACCACGUGGUGUUUGGCUAAAAAUAUCAUCCAAUCAAGUGUUUUCGAGAAGGAGCAGUGGAUCGUCGUCCAAUCAGAAAACUGUAGUGGGUUUCCAAGCAGUUCGUGUGACUAAUGCCUGUCAUAUGACUCCGCCACAAAUGGGGUUAGUUUUAAGGAACUAAGGCUGCACUUGGAUUUGGAAGAAAGCGAGACUUUCUAAAAUGCCUCCAACUCUUUUUCAGAAACUUUUUAAUAAAAGAAAUUCAAUUUCGCCGCCCCCAAGAUGCAACAAAGAGGACCCCGCGUUCAGCUGGUCAUCCCCACAGCUGGACCCUAGCCAGAUCAGAUUGAUACUGUACCAAGACUGUGAGCGACGGGGGAGAAAUGUCCUCUUCGACUCCAGUUCCAAAAAGAGGAGCGCAGAGGAAGCCCCUGCCUCGCAGAAGAUGUGCAGUAGCGAGGCCCAGGUGAAGAUGUAUGGGAAGUGCUGCCAGCUGAGGCCUACAGGGGGCAGCUCCAACUCUCUGGACAGUUCCUGUGCUGCCGAGGCCCGGGAACCCAGGGAACAAGGGCUGCGCUUCCAGGGGUUGCGGUGUUCCUCUGAUGCCAACAUGUUGGGGGAGAUGAUGUUUGGCUCGGUGGCCAUGAGCUACAAGGGCUCCACACUCAAGAUCCACCAGAUACGGUCACCCCCUCAGCUGAUGCUGAGUAAAGUGUUUACAGCCCGAACUGGGAGUAGUGUCUAUGGCAGCCUUAACACACUGCAGGACAGCCUGGAGUUCAUGGGUCAGGACCCCAAUUCUUUGAGGCCUGAUCAGAACACUGUGACCAACGGCCUCCUGGGGAACAUAGGUUUCUCUCAGCUCUGCAGCCCGCGCCGGGCCUUCUCUGAGCAGGGCCCUCUGCGCCUCAUCAAGAGUGCCUCUUUCUUUUCAGGCCAUAGUAACCCCAUGGACAUGCCGGGCAGAAGCCUGUACGACGAGAGAGACAGCGGCAUCGCCAGAUCAGCGUCUCUGAGCAGUCUGUUGAUUACUCCGUUCCCCUCCCCGGGCUCCUCCCUCACCAGCAGCCAGGCCAGUAGCUACCAGAGACGCUGGCUCCGCAGCCAGACCACCAGUCUGGAGAACGGGGUCUUCCCAAGAUGGUCUGUGGAAGAAAGCUUCAAUAUGUCGGACGAGAGCGGAGGUCCCAGCCUGGGCGUGGCCAGGAAGAAGAAGAUAGCCAUUGGUGUCAUCUUCCUCCUCUCCCAGGACGAAGAGGAGAACAUCAAGUUCCAGGACUUCUUCUUCUCCCACUUCCCCCUCUUCGAGAGCCACAUGAACAAACUAAAAAGUGCCAUUGAACAGGCCAUGAAAAUGAGCCGGCGAUCAGUUGAUUCCAGUCAGAGGGCUCUGGCCUAUAGCCGCAUGGUGGAUGGCCUCAAUGAAUUCAGGACGACCAUCGUCAACCUUUACACCAUGCCCCGCGUGGCCGAGCCCGUUUGGCUCACCAUGAUGUCUGGAGCCCCCGAGAAGAACCAGCUCUGUGGACAUUUCAUGAGGGAGCUCGCGCUACUCAUGGAGCAGGCCUCAAAGAACCAGUUCCUCCCUGCCCUCCUUACAGCCAUUCUCACCAACCACCUGGCCUGGGUGCCCACUGUCAUGCCCAACGGACAGCCGCCCAUCAAGAUCUUCCUGGAGAAACACUCUUCUCAGAGCGUGGAUAGGCUGGCCAAGAGCCACCCCUACAACCCACUGUGGGCCCAGCUCGGUGACUUGUACGGGGCCAUCGGCUCCCCGGUGCGUCUGUCCAGGACAGUAGUGGUGGGGCGGAGACGGGAGCUAGUCCAACGACUCCUCUAUGUGCUCACCUACUUCAUCCGCUGCUCUGAGCUGCUGGAGACCCACAUGCUGGACAGCACUGAGGACGAGGCCAUCGUCAUCCCAGGCUCUCUCAUCACCACCUCGCUGCAGCGUGGGGAGGUGGAGGAGUCAGACUAUGUGCUGGUCACCGUGCACAAGCCCAGCGGAGACUACCUCAGCCAGGAUCCCGAGCCCCAAGAGGACCGCAGCUACCCCUCACACAGCAACAACAGCUUGCAGUGCAGCACCUACACUGAGGCUGGCCCUAAGGAGGGGGACAGUAACAACAGCCAGGGCUCCAAGAACAUUGUCCUGCAGACCCAGGCCCACUUCAGCCACAACACUAACGCUGUGCCCAUCAUCCACAUGGAGGAUGUUAGUGAGCCCACGCCGCUCAAGGAGUCACCAACUGCCUUUCUGGAGGCCAAGCUGGAAACAGUGGUGUGUGUGGGCUCCACCUCCCCCAGGGAGACAGUGGUGCGUGUGGGCUCCGCCUCCCCCAGGGAGCAGGUCUGUGUGCUGCUGGAGACGAAGCCUGAGACAGAGUUAGAGGUCAAGGCCAGCGAGAAGGAGGGGGUGGGGAGUCUGCCCAUCAAGGUGUUCCACUCUUCUGGGAUACCACUGGAGAAGAAGCCCCCUGACAAGACUGUACCUGUACCUGUACCCGGCCCCUUUCUGUCAAAACACCAGGAGGAGCCGGCCACCAAAGUGCUGUUUCUCAUCGGCGACCCCCAGUCUCCGGGAUCAGACACAGAGAGCAGGAGGAGGAAGCUUGAGGAGGACAUUAAGAAGCACAAGAAAUGCAUCAAAGAGAAACAGAGGCAGCAACCGCAACUACAACAACAGCAACAACCACUACAACAGCAGCAAUCGCUACUACAACAACAACAGCAACCGCAGCAACAACAGCAACCACAACCGCAGCAACAACAGCAACCGCAACCGCAGCAACAACAGCAACCGCAACCACAGCAACCGCAACCACAGCAACCGCAACCACAGCAACCGCAGCAACAACAACAGCAACCGCAGCAACAACAACAGCAACCGCAGCAACAACAACAGCAACCGCAACUACAACAACAGCAACCGCAACUACAACAACAGCAACCGCAACUACAACAACAGCAACCGCAACCACUACAACCGCAACCACUACAACAACAGCAGCAGAGUGGAUGCGGUGACGGCGGUGAUCAGAGGGAGAAGCCUACUACCAGCAUAUCACCCGACCAAACGAAGACCAAUGCUGGCGGAAAGAAGACUCUGAUGCGUGUCUUCAGCAAGAUGCCCCAGUGGAACCCUGUCAGCGAGGAGUGCUCAGAGCUGUUCGAUGAGUACUUCAGUGAUGACAGCCCUGUAGAGACCAGGACUAUAGACGAUGAGGCGAAAUGCCUGGACUUGUCAAACGGCACGGACAAAACCCAGAAAGAGCUUCUGGACCCUUCGGGAGUCCAGAGUAGCAGUUGCUGUAAGGGACAUGGGCAUCAGGGACAGAAGGGAACAGGGCAGGUGGGUGUGGGACCGGGGGGUGUUGGUGGGGAUGAGGCUGAUGUCCAGACCUGGUGUAUGGGGGAGGCUGACGUUAAGACCAGGUGUGGGGGGGAGGCUGACGUUAAGACCAGGUGUAGGGGGGAGGCUGACGUUAGGAUCAGGUGUGGGGGGGAGGCUGACGUUAAGACCAGGUGUGGGGGGGAGGCUGACGUUAGGAUCAGGUGUGGGGGGGAGGCUGACGUUAAGACCAGGUGUGGGGGGGAAGCUGACGUCCAGGCCAGGUGUAUGGGGGAGGCUGACGUCCAGGCAAGGUGUGGGGGGAGGCUGACGACCAGGCCAGGUGUGGGGGAGGCUGACGUCCAGGCCAGGUGUAUGGGGGAGGCUGACGACCAGGCCAGGUGUGGGGGGGAGGCUGACGUCCAGGCCAGGUGUAGGUGUGGCUCUACAGACACAUCAGAGGCACGCUCCUGUAGAAGUUGUUCUGCUGAGCAGAACAUGUGCAUCCUGAUUUCAGUAUCCGUCCCCAAAGGGGCCCAACAAAAGAAGGGGUCCCCGCUUAAUGACUGUGAAAUCCCUCGGAACGAGAGUUCGGACAGUGCGCUUGGGGACAGCGAGAGCGAAGAUGCAGGGCAGGACGUCCACAGGCAGAGUGAUAGCGACACCUACUACAAAGAUGAUCAGGAGCCAGAUGAGUGGCAGGAAGAGGUGGAGGUCCCCUUCCCUGGGUCAAAGUUGGUGGAGCAUUUCUCCAAACCGAGCAUUGCCAACUUUGGGAGGUCACUGUUCGGAGGGUACUGCACAACCUAUGUGCCGGACUUUGUUCUGCAGGGGAUGCCCAACGAUGACAAACUCAGGCAGGGCCUCAUGUCAGAAUUAGCCCACGCUGUACAGCAUCCAGUGUUGGAUGAGCCCAUUGCAGAGGCGGUCUGCAUUAUCGCAGACACUGAUAAGUGGACGGUGCAGGUAGCCAGCAGCCAGAGACGAGCCACGGACAACAACAAACUGGGGAAGGAGGUCCUGGUGUCCAGCCUCGUGUCCAGCCUGCUACAGUCCACCCACCUGCUUUACAAGAUGAACCUCUCCCCCAACUUUUGCAUAAUGCACCUUGAGGACAGACUCCAGGAGAUCUACUUCAAGAGUAAAAUGCUGGCAGAGUACCUGAAGGGACAGACUAGAGUGCACGUCAAGGAGCUGGGGAUGGUCCUGGGUAUUGAGUCCAGUGACCUACCCCUGCUGGCCGCGGUGGCAAGCACUCACUCUCCCUACGUGGCCCAAAUACUGCUAUAAUAGAUGGAACCAAAGCCAGAGGUGGCGGGUGACUGUGGACUGGAGCAGCCGGACACUGUGCUUCACCCUGGCCCAACACGUUGGCUUGACCCUGUUCACCGACGCCCUGCUGAUGCUCUGAGAAGGCCGGUGCAGUGCAGAGUCUCCUGGACAAGGUGUGCAUCCCAAAUUGCAUACUAUUCAGAAGUUGUACACUAUGUAGGGAAUAGGGUAUCAUUUGAGAUGCAGAAGGGCCUCAUGGAAGUAUCUGAGAGCUCAGCUACCGCUGCUGCCACUGGGCAAACAGACAUACUGGGCAUACAGACAUACUGCCACAAGGGGACAGCCGAUUCCAUGGUCUCCUCUGCUAGUAAGAGAUGAAGCUCUGUUGGCCCACUCCAAGCCAGAGAGGCAUGCUGCUGCUGUGGCCAAUUCUCCUCUUUUUCAGUGUUUUCCCCCUCCUCUGCAUCAACAUUAUUUUAACCCGGUUAAAGGACAAGAAGGCCAAAUAAUUAUUCUGUUGAGUAUAAAUAAUAAUCAAGAUAUCAAUUCUAAAAUAUAUAUUUUUUACAUCUACUACUUUCCCGUACAAUCUUUUACACGUUUAACCAGGAAGCACAGGUGAUAGAUAGGAUGAGUUUUUUUGUUACUUGUAGUGAAUAUGAUCAAAUUCACUUUUAUUUCAAUUACGUUUCUGUGUUCUUCAUGUAUUUGUUUACAAGUGUACUUGACCUGAAAUGUCUCCCUCAAUGAUCCAUAAUUAACUGGAUUUCAUUUGAAAAUGAACUACACUAAUUAUAUAAACAUAGGCCUGGAAGUCGCAUCUGGGUAAUUUAUACACAUUCAUUGUAAUUCUUAACUGCAGUGUAGCUUUAACAUUCUUGAUCACAGGUACAGCACUACCUCAGAUAUUUUGUGGUCGAUCGACGCUACACGCUUUUUAUAGUUGCCGACUAGAUAAGCCUGAGAGAAUUAUUUGUAUUUUUAAAUCAGUGGAAUGUUCAAAUAAAACUGCAAACCCAAUGCUGAACUCUUUUUGAAAAAGGGAUGUUAAUAAUUACAUAUUUGAAAAUGGGGAAAAACUUUGUAAUUAUUUUUGGAAUACAACAAGAGCUCAUUUCUACUGCUGUAUGUGGAGAAAAAUAAACAAAAAAAUAUCUACAUAUAUUUUCAAACGGAAAUAUUUUCACAAGUUUAAAACAUUUGUAUCGCUUUGACACCAUCAUACCAUGUUUACAGCUGUAUUGCAUGCUACAAAGGGAGCGUUUGUGGAAUAUCUGUUAGCAAUACAUUUAUCAGUUCCUUAAACUACACUCAAUGUUUAUGGUAAAUAAUUGCUGCAUUGAUUUUACAAAAGCAAGAUGCAAAACCACAAAUCUAAACCACAAAUUUGUUUUUAUUUUUUUAAUAAAUAUUUUUACCAACCAUGAAA